CUCCUUCCGAACCAUCCUUCUGGACAAACUUUGAUGGAGAAUUUCACACCGCGCUGGAAAAAUGCCGGUUAUGAAAGGACUACUGGCUCCCCAGAACACCUUCCUCGAUACCAUCGCCACCCGUUUUGACGGAACACAUAGCAACUUCAUCCUCGCGAAUGCCCAGGUGGCGAAGGGGUUCCCCAUCGUCUACUGUUCUGAUGGCUUCUGCGAGCUUGCUGGGUUUGCCCGAACUGAAGUCAUGCAGAAGAGUUGCAGCUGCAAAUUCUUAUUUGGGGUUGAAACCAAUGAGCAACUGAUGCUUCAAAUAGAAAAGUCACUGGAGGAAAAAACAGAAUUCAAAGGAGAAAUUAUGUUCUACAAGAAGAAUGGGUCUCCGUUUUGGUGCCUAUUGGAUAUUGUUCCUAUAAAGAAUGAAAAAGGAGAUGUGGUACUUUUUCUGGCCUCAUUCAAAGAUAUAACAGAUACGAAAGUGAAGAUUACUCCAGAAGAUAAAAAAGAAGACAAAGCCAAAGGAAGAUCAAGAGCGGGGACCCACUUUGACUCAGCCCGGAGACGGAGCCGAGCGGUCCUUUAUCACAUCUCUGGGCACCUGCAAAGAAGAGAAAAGAACAAAUUGAAAAUAAAUAAUAAUGUUUUUGUAGAUAAACCAGCAUUUCCGGAGUAUAAAGUUUCUGAUGCAAAAAAGUCCAAAUUCAUACUUUUGCAUUUUAGCACUUUUAAAGCUGGCUGGGACUGGCUUAUUCUAUUGGCGACGUUUUAUGUCGCCGUGACCGUACCUUACAACGUUUGCUUUAUUGGCAACGAUGACCUGUCCACGACGCGGAGCACCACAGUCAGUGACAUUGCGGUGGAGAUUCUUUUUAUCAUAGAUAUUAUUUUAAAUUUCCGCACAACGUAUGUCAGCAAGUCUGGCCAAGUUAUCUUUGAAGCAAGAUCAAUUUGCAUCCACUAUGUCACCACCUGGUUCAUCAUUGAUUUAAUCGCUGCCCUGCCUUUUGAUCUCCUGUAUGCUUUCAAUGUCACAGUGGUGUCCCUCGUGCAUCUCCUGAAGACAGUCCGGCUGCUGCGUCUUUUGCGUCUCCUGCAGAAAUUGGACCGUUAUUCCCAACAUAGCACAAUCGUCCUGACUCUGCUCAUGUCCAUGUUUGCGCUCCUUGCACACUGGAUGGCGUGCAUCUGGUAUGUCAUUGGAAAAAUGGAGAGGGAAGACAACAGCCUUCUGAAGUGGGAAGUUGGCUGGCUCCAUGAGCUGGGCAAGAGGCUGGAAUCGCCAUACUAUGGCAACAAUACCCUGGGAGGCCCGUCGAUCCGAAGUGCCUAUAUUGCCGCUCUGUACUUCACCCUCAGCAGCCUCACCAGCGUUGGGUUUGGGAAUGUCUCGGCUAAUACAGAUGCAGAAAAGAUCUUCUCCAUCUGCACCAUGCUGAUUGGUGCCCUGAUGCAUGCCUUGGUGUUUGGAAAUGUGACAGCAAUCAUACAGAGGAUGUACUCCAGAUGGUCCCUCUAUCACACUAGAACUAAGGACCUGAAGGAUUUCAUACGUGUCCAUCACCUGCCCCAGCAACUCAAGCAGAGGAUGCUCGAAUAUUUCCAAACAACCUGGUCAGUCAACAAUGGAAUAGAUUCAAAUGAGCUUUUGAAAGACUUUCCAGAUGAGCUGCGCUCUGACAUCACGAUGCACUUGAACAAGGAGAUCUUACAGUUGUCGCUUUUUGAGUGUGCCAGCCGGGGCUGCCUCAGGUCUCUGUCUCUGCACAUCAAAACCUCUUUCUGUGCUCCGGGGGAGUAUCUGCUGCGACACGGGGAUGCUUUGCAGGCCAUCUACUUUGUAUGCUCGGGCUCCAUGGAAGUUCUUAAAGACAGCACAGUGCUGGCUAUUCUUGGGAAAGGGGAUUUAAUUGGAGCAAAUCUAUCAAUUAAGGACCAAGUGAUCAAGACCAACGCAGAUGUGAAGGCUUUAACCUACUGUGAUCUGCAAUGCAUCAUCCUCAAAGGACUCUUUGAAGUGCUGGACCUUUACCCGGAAUAUGCUCACAAAUUCGUGGAAGACAUUCAGCAUGACCUCACAUACAACCUUCGAGAAGGUCAUGAGAGUGAUGUGAUAACAAGAUUAUCGAACAAAGCUAUGGUCUCACAGUCAGAACCCAAGGGAAAUGGAAGCAUCAAGAAAAAACUCCCGUCCAUUGUGGAAGAUGAGGAAGAGGACGACGAAGGGGAGGACGAGGAGACGGCCUCCUUCUCCCCCAUCUGCACACGCGGAUCCUCGUCUUCGCGCAGCAAGAAGGGUGGCAGCAGUAAGAGCUAUCUAGGCUUAAGCUUGAGGCAGCUGGCCUCGGGGACGGUGCCAUUCCACUCCCCUAUCAGAGUAUCCAGCUCAAACUCCCCAAAAAACAAACAGGAAAUUGACCCCCCUAACCAUAGUAAAAAGAAAGAGAAGAACUUGAAGUUGCAACUUUCAGCUUUGAAUAGCACUGCACCCCCUGACCUCAGUCCCAGGAUUGUUGAUGGAAUUGAAGAUGGAAACAGCAGUGAAGAAAGCCAGACUUUUGACUUUGGCCCAGAACGAAUCAGACCAGAGUCCAGAAUUUCUCCUCCUCUGGGAGACCCAGAGAUUGGAGCUGCUGUCCUUUUCAUCAAAGCUGAGGAGACCAAGCAGCAGAUAAACAAACUCAACAACGAGGUAACAACAUUGACUCAGGAGGUCUCCCAGUUGGGUAAAGACAUGAGGAAUGUGAUGCAACUUCUAGAAAAUGUUCUGUCACCCCAGCAGCCCUCACAGUUUUGCUCUCUGCACAACAGCUCUGUGUGUCUCCCCUGGGACAGCUUACAGACCAGAAUGACCUGGAGCACACACCAACCUUGCCUACACUUGCAAGCAGCUGGAGCUGCUUAUACCCAAGCACAACUUUGUCACGGUAAUGUCACCUCAGACAUUUGGAGUGUGGAUCCCUCCUCUGUGGGGAGCAGCCCCCAACGAACUGGAGCUCAUGAGCAAAACCCUGCAGACAGUGAACUUUGUCAUUCUCCAAAUCUCAACUAUUCACCUGCCCACUGCCAGGUUGUCCAAGAAGGUCAUGUGCAAUUUUUAAGGUGCAUCUCUUCACAUUCAGACACGACACUAACGCCUCUGCAGUCCAUUUCAGCCACUCUCUCAUCCUCUGUCUGCUCCUCCUCAGAAACAUCUUUGCACCUGGUUCUCCCAAGCAGGUCAGAGGAGGGCAGCUGCAGCCGGGGAGGCACCAGUUCCCUCAGUCUAGAAAACUUGCCAGGAUCUUGGGACCGGGAAGGAAUGGCAUCAAUCUCUACUGAACCCUUGGAGAACUUUCCACUGGAAGUGGUCACAAGCACAGCAGAAGUGAAAGAUAAUAAAGCCAUAAAUGUAUGAUAUUAGUACCCACAAGGCAGCUGCCAGUUGCAAACCAACAAGUGCAUGACAGCUUUAGUUUUCCUUCUUUGCUUCUGGCAGACAUGAAGACUGGGCAGGUUUGGGGGUCCUGCAGAAGAGUGUGAGGUGCCAGGGCAAGGCAGAACCACCGCCGUAUUGUAGCAAACGCUUUCUAGAUCCUAGAAACAUUUUCCUGUACAGGUAUUAACUUACUGGUCUGUUUGACAGACUUUUAAAAAGUCCAAAGACCCUGAGGGUCUGAGCAGCUAGAAGUCCCAGACAAAGAAUUUGUGGAUUCAUUUUGUCCCAGGUGGCUUUUGUGAAGUGCAGCUCAGGUUUUUCCUGAGUGCCUGUGGGUCAUUCCUGAACAAUCUCCAUAGCACUGUUGGCCUUGGGAGUGCACAGCUCCUGCUGAUCUGUUUUUCUUUUUGUGAAGGCAAAGGGACAAUUAUCACUGCAUGUCAUCUCCUAGACAAUCAGUCAAAUAGAACUGGUGGCCAAUGGUUAGCUACUGCACGUUCUUUGCCGUGUAAAUGAAUAUGUAUUUAUCACACACAAAAAAGAGAGGCUAUUUUUAUAUCCUUGGUAUGAAAUAUGUAUUUAAACUAUUUAAAAUAUUUAUAAAGAAAUGAAUGUUUUCUUUUCAUUUUGGUAAAAAAGAAAAGCUUGCCGUUUUAACAAAACAUGCACUACUGUUAUGUAUAGUAGAUGAAAAAUUAUUUAUUAUAAGAGGAUGUAGUUUCAAAAGGAAUCCCCCAUCUAUCUGCAUGCAGUUCUCAACAAAUGUAUCCUCACACUCUGGAUUACAAAUGAGAAGUGAGGCCAUAUUUUAUAAAUGAAAUAAAAACAUGGACUGAGCUCUGGCACCGUGGAAGGGAGGGCUCUGUCUAGUGUGUGCCAACUCAUGUCAACCACUUGAAUUAAGGCUGUCCCCACUGUGGCAACAUAAAUGUCUGUCCUCCAGGCAUACCUUGUUGUUCAGGAACACAAAAUUGGUCUGUGGAACAUGAGAUCACAGCUACAUUAAGCCAUUUUGGCCUCAAGAUAAGGGAAAGAACUGUGGGUGUAUCCUCCCUCUGUGCUGUUCUUCCAGAAGAGGUUGUGGACCAGUGACUGUUCUGAAAUGGAGCCAAAACUUCUAAGUGAUGACUUGUGAGGGUGAUGCCCGCUUGCACAGGAUCAGCACUUCAAUUUGUUUCUUAAAAGCUCUCAACAAAGCUGUAAGUUACACAGAGCAGGUAUUUUCAUUCUCAUUUUUCAGAGAAAAAAAAAGUCUCAGAGAUUAAACAGCUGGGAUGCUGGCGACAGUCUAGAAGCCAUAACACUCCCUCCGUCCCAACCAGAAUGCAAAUUCAGUUGCUGGCUUGGUAAUGAUUUCAAUGCCUUCACUUCACUUUGAUUUUAUGUUUAAGAACAUUUAGGGUCUGAUCAUCCCAGACAGUCUUAGAAAACAUACCGAUUCACAUUAUGGAGUCCCCUUCUUCGUAUUUCCCACCACAAAGAAUAAAUAAUCUGAGAAUUAUGUCAUUAAAACAUCUAACAAACCAAGACUUGUGAUUUGUGAAUCUUGCACCCUAACAUUGGGGAGAACAGCAGAAAGAAAUCUUCUCUAGGAAAAAUGGAAACAAUACAUAUUCAUGAGGCAGGACACUCAAAAUAAUGCCUUCUACCCUCCACCUCCCAAAUUCAGUCUCUCCCUACCUACCUGAGUGGGAAAAUUGAGGCAAAGACAACAUUCUAGAGUUAAUAUAUUUGUAGUCAUUCACCUGUAGCCCUCCUUUUGCUCAUCUGGACCUAUGUAAUAAGUACCAUUGAAAAGGACUAAUUGGUGUUGGUUCGUGAAUAUCCUUCCGGCAAAUGAGCCCUGAUGUUCCUGACGCUGACAGUAAUGACGAAACUUUCUGUUUUCUGAGUAGUUGACUACGUACCAACAGAUGUUUAGGAAUGAACACGUUAUGUUUCCUCAUAUAAUCAUCCAAACAAUGCUAAAAGUGACUUGUUAUUAUGAUGCCCAUUUUGUAAAGGAACAAUUGGGAUAUUUUUUAACCUGCCCAGUUGCAUUGUUUUAACUGAUGGACUCGCCGCUCAUGACCUCUCGGGGUACUUCUCCCUUCAUGUCCAAAUCCAUUCUUGCUGCCUUAUG